AUGAGCGGAAAAUAUUCGGGUACGUCUCCCCAUCUCCUCUGGAAUCACCCUCUUUGCAGAUAACAGAUUCUUCUUCGUCCAUUACGGAUGCUGCAUUCCGACCGAAUCGUACGUCUGGAUCCUCGUCGUUCUGUUCGUCACCACCAUCCUCGUUCUUCUCUUCUGCAUGCUGGCCACUGCCACCGUCAGAUGGGUACGGCGCGCCAUCGGAAGCUAGAACUGGAAACCUUUUUGAGUUUACAGUUGUACAAAAGAAGAAUGCGUAAAAGGCUUCAAGAUCUGAAGAGGAAAUAUCUUCAAGAUCAGCUGAAAGCGCAGGAAUUCGAAGCAAAACUCAAUUACAUGGCUCAGAAGAACAAAAGUGCGUCAAAAAGAUCAUCCCCUUCCCUACAGGGCCCCUGAAUACAUUUUCCCGCCAAUUUUGAAAACGAAAGGUCACGUGUGAUAUUGUAGGCACUAAAAAUGACAACUCGAAGGAGAGUCUACCGGAUAAAUUCACAAUUUUCGUGGACCCCGCUCAAAACUACGCUCACCAGUACUCGGCCAAAAAGAAGAGAAACACGUGGGUGUGAUCCCGGAGAGUUUAAUGAGGUCAAACUUUUCAGUCAUAACAUCCCGCAGAAGGCCGCAGCUCCGACGAUGCAAGCGGUAAAUUGAUGAUUGACGACAACGUGUUAUACAAUUUUAUUCGUUUCAGCCUCCUCUUUACGACCGAGAUGAGACGCCGAUAGCGCAGAGUACAUUGGCGAGUCAAUCGAACAGUGAGUGGAAUGAUUGAGUGGACAUACUGGGGAACAGGGAUGUUUGCAGCCAACAUGCCCAACAACAAUCGGUGGUUCUACCCGCAGAAGCAUCAGAAGGGACCUCUACGUCCGUUGGUCUCGGACUUCAAGGCUUCCCCGAACCCUCCUGUGCUGAUUCCACCGCAACAUGCACCCGUUCAUCCGCCGCCGAUCGUCAUUGUUCCGACUGUUGCUCAGUCGAAGUCUCCUCCGAAGAUGCCUGAUUCGACCCAAUCCACUUCUCCGGGACCUGCUUCUCCUAAGAAUGUGGUGUCUCCGAUAAAGACGAAGAAGAAAAGCAAUGAGAAAGUUCUGGCUCCUCCGUCGGUUUCCACGUCUACUGGAAUCACCGAAACGACGGGAACUACGGACACUUCUGCGAGUUCCGGAACAGUUGGAACCACGGGAAACACCGACGGAACCACGAAACCGACUGCUUCCUCUGACACUACGCAGACGACUUCCAACGACUCUCCGACGGUUCCCACGUCUUCUGGAGCCGUGUCGCCGAAACAGGGGAAGAAGUCGUCCGGAGAGGAUGUCAAGCAACGAGUGCAGUACGGACAAGACGACAUCGUCAGCCCACUCGAGAAGAAUGAAGAUCGGACGGCCGGAGCCGGAGGACGUGGCGAGUGGAAGUACUACUACGCUAACUCGGUCUCAUCUGAAGGCAAGAAACGUGCUCCGAGCACUGUCACCAAGUCGUCCACGUGAGUGUUUUUGCAGUCCGCCAUUCGAAACAGUUCAUCUUUUUAGAAGUCACCGUCCCUCCUCUGGCUCGUGGCUCAUUGACUCGACGGGCUCGAAUCGUUACGACGGAAGAGGCAGUUCCAGAUGCAGUUCGAUCAUCAAAACGGAUUCGUCGCACUACAAAACGGCGUCGCCUGAGCAGUUCCCGCACGGUGCAUUUGGUUUCCAACAGUAG